GUAAUACAUGGGCUGACAUCCAUAUCCCAGAUCCCGCCCUGGAUGAGUUUUACCAGGAUGAGAUUCACGUAGCUCGCAGAUUCAAGGCGUUCUCACUGCGGCAAAAAUCUGAGAGCAAGCUCAUCAAAAACAUGCGACGCCUGUAUGGAAAGCAUUUUUCGGUCAUCUUGGGUGAUUGGAGCGACGCUGGAAAAACCAUGCGCUUUCAGGAGUCAUCAAAGACCAAAGGGUGAGUGACCAUCAUUGUUUUUUAUGUAUCAUUAUGCUAACUCAUCAUGGAACAGAUUCCGCACACUCUUUGCGAGAAACGGCAUUCCAUGCUACUUGCUGGAUGAGUAUCGAACGUCGUCCGUGUGCCCACACUGCCACGGGCGUGUGAGGAAAAACAUCCGACGCCGGCUGUCACCUCGGCCGUGGCAAGCUCGAAAGGGAAGAAUGGAAUUCGUCCAUGGAUUGGUGGGUUGCCCCAACCCCGAAUGUAUCAACCAGGACUGGACGCCAUUUGAGAUUCCUGGAAGACGACCACUACGACUACGGAUGAAAGUGCACAAUCGGGACGUCCUAAGCACCAAGAAUUUCGUCUCGAUUGUGCGUUCGGUGGUGUUUGGCGAUGGCCGCAGACCAGACGCAUUCUCCCGUAACCGGUAGUCUAGAAUUUUCACCCCAUUCCAUUUUCCGUGGUGGUUAUCUGCCAUCCACAUCAUUGUACCUCUGCCUGAGGCGUCGCCGAUGAUGGCAACUUGUAAAAUGACAAAGCGUGCAACGCAUCCUGG